AUGUGCAUGUCAUACUUAGUCCAGUCCGUUGACAUUUGGCGCCUGAUUGCGUUAAGCCUAUAUCCUUUGCGAUACCCGAUUCUACGAGCUCUACGACAUAUACCAAUAAUAAAUUCAAACAGCAUGGACUCCGAAUAUAGCCGUCUGGCUGACACAAUCCGCCAACAAGCCAGCGAGCACUCAAAGCCACGCUAUCUUGUCGCCAUUGCCGGCGUCCCAGGCUCCGGCAAAACCACCACAGCUCAAGCAGUCGUCCAACAGCUAAACAAAGACCUGAAUAUACACGCAGCCCCCCUCCCAAUGGACGGCUUCCACCUACCACGGUCCGCACUAGACCAACUCCCCAACGCUCAAGAAGCCUAUAUCCGACGCGGCGCACCCUGGACCUUCGAUGUUAGCCGCUUCGUCAAAUUUAUGCAUGACCUCCGAAUCUGGUCUGAUAAGACACCGCUAGCAGCGCCAUCAUCCCAAACCAUCCAUGCCCCCGGAUUUGACCACGAGGCUAAAGACCCCGUCGAAGAUAAGAUAGUUAUCACGCCCGAUACGAAUAUCAUUAUCGUCGAGGGCAACUAUCUCCUCCUCGACGAGCCUGGGUGGCGUGAUCUUGCAGAUUUAGUAGAUUACCGUGUCUUUGUGGAUACGGAUUUACAGGAAGCAAGGGAUCGGACGGCGAAGAGACAUGUCUUGGCUGGCAUUGAGAAAACGUUGGAAGAUGGGUAUCGAAGGGUUGAUAGUAAUGAUUACUUGAAUGGGGUAUCAAUUCGGGAGAAGUUGAUAGGCCCGGAUUUGGUGGUGAAGAGUGUGAGUGUGAAUGUCAAUGGAGCGGGUUAA